CUUUGGCGACAAGCAACGUUAUUGGCCAAAAGAAACCCGGAAGUAAAAACAGCAGUGUUUUCAAAGCUAGCUACGCACGUGUUGGAAACAUGGUCCGAUACAAGUCGAGGUAUUUGCUGUGUGAGGUCUGCGUCUCCGAUCGGAGAAGUCUUCAGCUGCUGGAGGACAGAAGCAUCUACUACGCGCUCAGAGGAGCCAUGAGCCGCGCGCACGGAGACUACGGCUCGGCGCUCUUUAACAUAGGGAUGAUGGUGAAAUACCUGAACGCCCACACCGGGGUGGUUCUGAUCCGCAGCCGGAAAAAACACUACCGACUCAUCUGGUCCGCCCUUCCUUUCAUCACCUGUCUCGAGAACAGAGGACAGAAGGUGCAGUGCUUCCUUAACUGCUUGCAUGUUGGAGGAUCUAUCAGAACGUGUCAGAAGUUCCUUGUUAAAUACAACAGACAGCAGCUCCACAGACUGCUGCCAGACUGCAAGACAGACGCUGAGAAACAAGAGGUUAGGAGAGCCCUGCUGAGCUGUUCCCUGAGUAAUGUCAGAGAGGACGCUAGAGAAGAUGCAAGUGAUGAUAGUGAUGAAGAGACAUAACAAUACUUCAGGAGAUGUUCAUUGGGAUCUACUCACAUUUUACGUACAGUUAAUAAAGCGAGCCUUAACGUUCGCGUUUUUGUUUUUUGCUGCAUUUUGUGAAUUGUAAAUGAAGUAUAUCAUUCGCAUUAACUCGCUGAUAUUGUGAACUCUGGCCAUGUGCUGUGUGUCACGUGUAAAUUUAUUUUUCUGUGUUGAUUAAAAUGUAUACUGCUGCAUCA